CCGCCAUUUUCCAUUCUUGGUGUGUUUCCACUUGCUUCCCGAACUUCUAUUCUAUUUCAGUUAUCAAUUUUGGAAAACAAAAUGGCGGCCAACAGGAGUGAAACGGAACCACUUAUUAUCGUUAUUCUCGGUUGCACGGGAACAGGAAAGUCAAAACUCUCAAUAGAAAUCGGUAGACGAAUUGGGGGCGAAAUAAUAAGCGCGGACUCCAUGCAAGUUUACAAAGGCUUAGAUAUUAUCACGAACAAAGUUACUCUCGAGGAGCAAGCGAUUAUUCCACAUCAUUUACUAGACUUUGUCGAAACCAACGAGAAGUUCUCGGUGGUUGAAUUUAAAACUAUUGCAUUAAAUGUGAUUUCGGAUAACAUUACCGGACAAAAAGUACCGAUUAUUGUCGGGGGGACGAACUAUUAUAUCGAAUCUUUAUUGUGGGAAAAAUUGAUUGACGAGGGAAGAGCGGGCGCUGGGGAAAUUCGGUCGAAAUUUCGGAAAGUUGAAAACGAAGAACGUAAGGAAGCUGACCCUGCACGCGAAUCAAACACGCAGAACACGUUUGUUGAGGAAGACGAAAACGAAAACUCACGAUCGCGGAAAGCUGAAAACGAAAAACGGAACGAAGAUGACGGAACGCGCGAUGCAAACACAGAUGGGAACAAUUCGAGAACACGGAACGAUGAAAAUGAAGAACGCAACGUUGAUGACAGUGCACACGAAAAAGACUCUGUCUCUGAGAACACGCUUGUUCAGUGUGAAAGAAACAGUGCCAAACAAAACCCCAAAAGUGCUGAAUUAGGCAGUUUGGAAACGUCUGUUAAAGGAGAAGCCAUACACAUUGAAAGUCUAGGCUGUUCUGCAAACACGUCCCCAGUACAGGAAGCUAUGGACACUGAAAGUCAUGGGGAUACCGAAAUGCACAAUUCAUUGCAUCAACGGCUUGCAAAAGUUGAUUCUGCAAUGGCACAAAAGCUUCACCCGAAUGAUACAAGAAAAAUCAAGAGAAGCUUGCAAGUUUAUGAGCGGUCUGGCAUAACUCACAGUGAGCAUGUAGCACAACAACAGUCACAGGAAGGUUGCAGUGAGUACAGCGGACCAAUGAGGUUUAAUAAUGUUUGUGUGCUAUGGCUCCAAUGUGAGUUUGAAACCCUUGAUAAGAGACUUGACGCCAGAGUUGAUCAGAUGAUCGAGCAGGGUUUAGUCGAUGAGCUGAUAGAAUUCCACAAUUCUUGGAAAAGUGGAUGCAGAAAUUCCAAAAUACAAAACAAUGAAGGAAUCUUUUAAUCGAUCGGAUUCAAAGAACUCAGAGAAUUUCUGAAUCUUGAGAAUUCCAAAGUGGACGAAAAUCCGGAUUUGUUUAAAAAAUGUGUCGAGGCUAUGAAAUGUGCCACCCGUCGUUAUGCAAGGAAACAAGUUCGGUGGGUGAACAACAGAUUCCUUGGUCGGCCCUCUACUUCCUCCCCAGAUGUCUACAGCUUGGAUGCCACAGACCUUGGGCAGUGGGAAUCCAAUGUGUUUGAAAAAGCUGUAGACAUCGUGAAAUCAUUUACAAGAGGAGAAAAAGUUACCCACACGCCUUUAGAGCGCAUUUUAACCAAUACUGCAGCCAAACAUUCGAAUCACACGUGCACUGUAUGUAAUGGUAGAAUCAUUAUCGGAGAUCAGAACUGGUGGGCACAUCUACGUUCACGAUCACAUAGACAUUACAAGAAAAACAGCAAAGGAUUGAAGAUGCGAAUACGACUUGAAUAACAAAGCGAUAUAACUUUUUGAACAGUAUUAAUUAACGUAAACAAUUUCAAUAAAAUGCGUGUGGACAAUUAUAG